AUCCCUGCAGAAACUAAGCUAAGUGAGUCGCAAUCUCCAAACUCGCUGCCGGACCUGCCGGUCGCUAAUGGUAACUAUUUAGAUUUACGUAAACAACCAACUGAGUCGCGUACCCAAAAGCCCAACUUCCUAAAGGCCGAAAACCCAAAAGCUUCGGGUUCUAGACAUAAGCAAAAACAACAAGAGGAUGCCGACCCAAAACGUUACGUGUCGCCCAAAAGUGCAGUAGAUCAGGUUUCUUUAACUUGUGGUCAUCACACUCCACCACGGAAGAUCCGCUUCAAAUCUAUCUCAGAUUUUUUAAAAUUUUUUGUUUUUAUUACGCAUGUUAUUGGUUAUUACCUUAUUUUAUUGUAUAAGUAAAAAUUUGACAGGAAAAAUAAAUAAAUUGGAUAAUUCCGAGAAAACUGGAAGGAAAAGAUUUUUUUAUUCUUUGCCAAUAAAGUUGGAACGUGGAACUCAAGCGUUCAAUUUUUUGUUCCAAUCUCUUACAAAAAUGGCGGCAGUGACAGAGCCUCACUUUUGUACUUUCCAGAGAGGCCAACAGUUUUGUUUCAAGGAGCAAAACUGGCUUAAACGGGGUUGUUGUGUACGAUUGCCGGUUAUAACCAGAAACCGUCAUAGGGUGUACGUGCAAAAGUGUCGGUCGUUUAGGGGAGAAGAUGGAGGGGAAGUGGAAGAGAAACAGAUGGAAAGUGAGAGAAAGCAAGAGAUUUUGAUGGAAAAUGAAGUGGAAUUGGAAAAAGGAGAUGGGUUUUGGAAAUCUUUGAAAUCUGCUGUUUUUGGGGUUAGUAAGUUCGGUUCUCAAUCUCAAGAUGAAUAUGAAAAAGCUGUGGCUAAAGUCGAGGGAGUUUUCUCUUCGAUUGCUAUGCAAAUAGGAAGAUAUAUUGUGACCAUGAUGAGCACUGGAGUGAUACUCUUAAUUGGUUUUCAGUUGUCAGGUGGAGACAGUCAGAUGGAUACAUUGAUUUGGUAUAGCUGGGUUGGAGGCAUUAUCAUUGGAACCAUGAUUGGAGCUAAUAUGGUUCUAGAUGAACACUGUCGUGCUGGUCCAAGAAAUGUUGUCAUAACUGGAAGCACAAGGGGACUGGGAAAAGCACUUGCUCGAGAAUUUCUUCUUUCUGGAGAUCAUGUGGUUGUUGCUUCUCGCAGUCCUGAAUCUGUUCAUAUGACUGUCAAAGAACUGGAGGAAAACCUCAAGGAAGGUAUGACUGCAGGUGGCCCAUCUAGUAAGAAUCUGGGACAAGCAAAAGUGGUUGGCAUAGCAUGUGAUGUUUGUGAUGCCAAUGAUGUCAAAAAAUUAGCCAACUUUGCCAUCAAUGAACUUGGUUCUGUUGACAUUUGGAUAAAUAAUGCUGGCACCAAUAAAGGUUUUAGACCAUUGCUACAGUUCAGCGAUGAAGAUAUUAGACAGAUUGUCUCAACAAAUCUUGUUGGUUCUAUUCUCUGCACUCGGGAAGCCAUGCGCAUCAUGAAAAACCAGCCAAAGGGGGUCCACAUAUUUAACAUGGAUGGUGCAGGUUCUGGGGGAUCUAGCACUCCUUUGACUGCUGUAUAUGGGUCAACAAAGUGUGGUCUUAGACAGCUUCACACAUCACUUCUGAAGGAGUGCAAACGUUCUAAAGUAGGAAUCCAUACAGCAUCUCCAGGCAUGGUUCUUACAGAUCUGCUCUUAAGUGGCUCAACCAUAAAGAAUAAACAAAUGUUCAAUAUCAUCUGUGAGCUUCCUGAGACUGUUGCUAGAAGUCUAGUUCCACGAAUGCGGGUUGUAAAGGGGACAGGGAAGGCUAUCAACUACUUGACCCCACCUCGGAUAUUACUGGCUUUAGUCACUGCCUGGCUGCGACAAGGUCGCUGGUUUGAUGAACAGGGUAGGGCAUUAUACGCAGCAGAGGCAGAUCGAAUUCGAAACUGGGCUGAAAACCGUACUCGGUUCUCGUUUACAGAUGCAAUGGAAAUGUACACGGAAAACACUUGGGUGUCUGUGUUCUCGCUUUCAGUUGUUUUUGCCUUCAUUAUCCUUUCUAGCACAGGCAACACAUUCCCCGGCACCUGAGGCUUCAGAGCCAUAAUCUCAAAGCAUCAAGACUACCUUAUAGCAUUGCUGUCAGUCAAGGAGCCAAGUAUGAUGCUGUGAUUGUAGACGUGACAUAAGAUACGAUUCUAAAGUCUAGACAGCCAUUGAAUAGUUGGUUUUUCACGUGCAACCUCUCAGGAUUUACAUAUAUCUAACAGUUGGAUAAUUCAUUAUUGGAUCUCAGAUCCCUUAGCCCAUAUCUGUUGCUUUGCCUUCCAUCAGUUCUAUGCAUACGAGUACUGACUGGGACAAGCUUUAUGGGUUCUGAACACAGUAGCAGACACAGACUUUGAUUUUAAUUGAAGCAUUCUUUAUUCCUAUACUUGUAACUCUUAUUCCUGUAAUGACUGAAUUGUAAUGAAAUCUAGAUCCUUCCUUUAUUCAUACUAGCAAGUAUGGGAACUCUUUCUGCAAAGCACUUUUUACUUGUUUCCCCACUGAAAAGGCAUUUUACUGCCCCGCCUUGUCCUGAUGCAAGGCGUCCGAGGGAUAUAGACUCAUUGAGUCCCGUGCAUUGCUUGUUUAUUUUAGAUUCUGCCGGGCCCCUUUGGGUGAGUGUUGUGCAGAAAACUCAACAGCAAAGACUAUUCUAAACAAGUAGCAUAACAUUAUAAAAGGCCCAGACCCAUGCGAUCAAAACU